UGCACACAUGUGUUUAUCGAACGCAUCCCAUCCAUCUCAUCACGCUUUCACCACCAACGUCUCAAGUCAAGCCCGAGUACAGUUCUUUGGAUUGCAAAUUUGACUGUGUAUCCUCAACAUUCAACAUACAUUUCCACAAUUACUGGUUGUAGUCUCGUAUUCCUCAAAACUUAGACGUAUUAAGAGGCAGAAAUGAGGGGACGUGACGCCAGACGUGGACGAGGUGGUUAUAAGUCACAUGGGCAAUGGAGAUCUCCUUUUAUUCCUCAUGUGCCUUUUGACAUGAACCAGUGUGAGGCAGCCUUCCAGAGGGUGAAACCGAUGCCUGAUGAUCAACCCCUCUUUGAUGAGUUGAUUAAGAAGAACUUGGAGCUAUCUCCAACACCUUUAGAGCAAGCUUCGGUACUAAGUCUAGUCACUAAAAUCAACACAGUACUGGAUAACAUCAUUGUGGCUCCACCGGCAGGAUUUGAUGUGGUCGUGGAGCAAGUACGGCAGGUUGGGUCACACAAGAAGGGAACAAUGAUGAAUGGCAGUGCUGUAGCCGACCUGGUUGUUAUUCUCAAAACGUUGCCAACCACGGAGGCAGUGACCAAGCUCGGCAACAAGGUGGUGGAAGGAGUGAAGGAGACUGAGCCCAAUGAAGUCCUGACGAUGCUGGCAAACGAGGCAGGGUGUGAGAUCAGCAGCUCGGACGCUACUGUUAAGAUCAUGGUGACAACCAUCCCACCAAAUCUCAAGAAAAUCGACCCUACUAUGCACUUGCCCAUGAAGGUUAUGAAGGGAUCAUUAGCCGCUGUGAGACAUGCUCGCUGGUUUGAGGAAAAUGCGCAGCAUUCUAGCAUCAAGGUACUUAUCCGAGUUCUCAAGUACAUGAGGAUGCGAUUUGAUGGACUUGAACCACUCAAUCCUUGGAUCAUUGACCUACUUUCUCACUAUGCCAUCAUGAACAACCCCACCAGGAAGCCUCUGGCCAUUAACCUAGCCUUCCGUCGUUGUCUGUCCCUUCUCGCCUCUGGGUUCUUCCUGCCUCGAUCUAUGGGCAUUAUCGAUCCCUGCGAGGCUAACGGUAUGAGGGCACAUUGCUCCCUGUCCCUGGAGCAGCAGGAUCAAGUUGCCUACACAGCCCAGACGUUGCUCCGUGUACUAAGCCACGGUGGAUACAAGCAGAUACUUGGUACUGAGGGUAGCGCAGUGAUAGCCACCGAGAUGUCAGUUUGGGAUGGAGUUGUGGUGACUCCGAGUGAGAAGGCUUACGAGCCACCUGCGGAGGGCGUCAAGGAUGAAGAAGGGGAGGAAGCCACUGCUGAGGAGGCUGGGGAGAUGGAGACCGUUGAGUCACAGUAG